CCAGCUCCUAUUCUUCUCCACACCACACACAUGUUUGCCCUAAGACGCCGCGGAGCUGCUAGUUUGCUCCAGGCAAAGACACUUCCCACCUUCCAGGCAGUCACACGCCCCACCUUUGCCCAGGCGUUCGUGAGCUCGGCCUACAGGGCCCAGAGGCAGUACAGCACCCAGGAAGAAGACAACAAAGACAGGAAAGACAAGGAUGAAAAGAAGACGCCGCCGACAAUGCAAGAGUAUAUGAGACUGCCGGAGUUCCGCAACAGCUUGAUCAUUUCGGCGGUUGCUGCGUUCCUUUUUGCGUUCAACAACCGCCCCACCGAGGAGAACCUCUUCACGUUCCAGGACUUCAAGGUCCGCUACCUCGAAAAAGGCCUCGUUAGCAGCAUCACCGUCGAUAACAACUCACACGUGCGUGCAGAGUUACUUCCGGGCACAAACGGCCCCCAUGGCGGCUUCCCCGUGUGCCACUUUGACAUCGGGAGCGUCAACAUCUUCGAGGAACAGCUCAACGCGAUGCAAGACAAGUUGGGAAUCCCGCAGAGCGACCGGGUUCCGGUUAAGUACACGCGCACGACGCCACUCAUGGCGUACGUCAUGCCGUUUGUGCCGACCGUGCUCUUUAUCGGGGGGCUCGUGUAUCUCAACAAGAAGAUGGGCAUGAUGGGCAAGGGCGGUGGAGGGCCAGGCGGCAUGUUCUCCAUGAACAAGUCCAAGGCCAAGUUGUUCAACCAGGAGACGGAUAUUAAGGUGAAGUUCAAGGAUGUUGCGGGGUGCAACGAAUCGAAGGAAGAGAUCAUGGAGUUUGUGCACUUCUUGAAGGACCCAGCCAAGUUUGAGCGCCUUGGGGCUAAGAUUCCGCGCGGGGCCGUCCUUUCCGGACCCCCGGGUACCGGUAAAACGUUGUUGGCGAAGGCUACGGCCGGGGAGGCCGGCGUUCCGUUCCUCUCCGUCUCGGGUUCUGAGUUUGUCGAGAUGUUUGUGGGUGUGGGUGCCUCCAGAGUGCGCGAUUUGUUCAAGCAGGCGCGCUCCAUGGCCCCGAGCAUCAUCUUCAUCGAUGAGAUCGACGCCAUCGGGAAGAAGAGAGGCGGCGGCGGUGGCAUGGGUGGAAACGACGAAAAGGAAGCGACCUUGAACCAGAUUUUGGUCGAAAUGGACGGCUUUGACACCAACGACCACGUCAUCGUGCUCGCCGGUACCAACAGAGCGGAUAUCUUGGACCCGGCGUUGUUGAGACCAGGCAGAUUCGACAGACACGUGUACCUCGACCGCCCGGAUAUCGAGGGCCGCAAGGCCAUCUUCCACGUGCAUAUCGGUAAGCUCAAGUUGAAGGUCAAGGACGAGCCGAACGCGGCCGAUGUGAUCGACCGUUUGUGCGGAAAGUUGGCUGCGUUGACCCCCGGCUUUGCGGGUGCCGACGUGGCGAACUGCUGCAACGAGGCGGCGUUGAUUGCCGCCAGACUCGAGUGCAACUCCGUGGAGUUCAAGCACUUUGAGCUUGCCAUCGAGAGGGUCAUUGCCGGGUUGGAAAAGAAGUCCAAGAUUUUGUCCAAGGAAGAGCGCACCACCGUGGCGUACCACGAAGCCGGGCACGCCGUCUGUGGGUGGUUCUUGGAGUAUGCCGAUCCGUUGUUGAAGGUUUCCAUCAUUCCUCGAGGCCAGGGCGCGUUGGGGUACGCUCAGUACCUUCCGCCAGACCAGUACUUGGUGUCCCAGGAACAGUUCCGCCACAAGAUGGUCAUGGCUCUCGGUGGCCGUGUUUCCGAGGAGUUGCACUUUGCUUCUGUCACCUCCGGUGCCUCUGAUGAUUUCAAGAAGGUUACCCAGAUGGCCAAGAGUAUGGUGUUGAGCUACGGGAUGUCACCAAAGGUCGGGGAGAUCUGCUACGACACCCAGGACCAGCAAGGGUUCAAGAUCAACAAGCCCUUCUCACAAAAGACCGGGCAGACGAUUGAUCUGGAAAUCAAGCGCAUUAUCGACGAGGCGUACAGCGACUGCACCCUGUUGUUGAAAGAGAAGAUUGCGUUGGUGGACAUUGUCGCGAAGGAGUUGCUUGCCAAGGAGGUGAUCACCAGAGAUGACAUGGUGCGUUUAUUGGGCCAGAGGCCGUUUGUCGAAAAGAACGAUGCGUUCAACAAGUAUAUCGGCGGUGGGUUGACGGUGGACGAGAGCCAGAAGUCCGCACCACCGGCCCCGGAAGAUGCUCCAAAGGUUUAAUGACGAUAUAACGA